AGCAGUAUGAAAAAGGAGAACCAGAGCUGUGUGUCCGAGUUCCUCCUCCUGGGGCUCCCCAGCCAGCCAGACCAUCAGGCUAUGUUCUCUGCCCUGUUUCUGGUCCUGUACCUGACCACGGUGCUGGGGAACCUGCUCAUCAUCCUGCUCAUCAGGCUGGACUCCCGCCUCCACACCCCCAUGUACUUCUUCCUCAGCCACCUGGCCUUCUCUGACAUUUCCUUUUCCUCUGUCACAGUUCCAAAACUGCUGAUGAAUAUUCAGGCUCAGCAGCAAUCCAUCUCCUAUGAGGAGUGCAUUUCUCAGAUGUAUUUUUUUGUUCUUUUUAGCUGUCUUGACAAUUUCCUUCUGGCAGUGAUGGCCUAUGACCGGUAUGUGGCUAUCUGUCGUCCACUGCACUAUGUUUCUGUCAUGAGAGAGGGGCUAUGUGUCUUGUUAGUAGCUGGGUCCUGGUUUUUCUGUUGUGGCCAUGCCCUGUUGCACACCCUCCUCUUGGUCCAACUGUCCUUCUGUGCUGAAAAAAUCAUCCCCAACUUCUUCUGUGACCUCACUGCUCUCCUGAAGCUGAGCUGCUCAGACAUCUCCCUCAAUGAGCUGGUCAUCUUCACCGAGGGAGGGAUGCUGUUCAUCUUGCCUUUGAGCAGUAUUCUGGGCUCUUACAUCCGUAUAGGAACCACUGUCCUGAGGGCGCCCUCCACUAAGAGAAUCUACAAAACCUUUUCUACUUGUGGUUCCCAUCUCUCUGUGGUGUCUUUAUACUAUGGGACAAUUGCAGGUGUUUACUUUUUCUCCUCAUCACAGGAUUCCAGUGACAAGGACCUAAUUGCAUCUGUCAUUUAUACAGUAGUAAUACCCAUGCUCAAUCCCUUCAUCUACAGCCUGAGGAACAGAGACAUAAAACAGGCCCUUGAAAUGUUUGUCUAUAAGGUCAAUUUCCAUAAAUGA